ACGACGUCCGACCGUUCCCGACGUGACCAACAGUACGCAAUUCUUCGGCGACGGCGAACGCGGCCCGACGCCGUUUUAGUGAUGUGUGACACUACUCAGUGAUCGACGUCUGUUUUGCACGCAGUGGUCCACCUGUUUUUGUUCUAACUAACUCUUUGACUAUUCGUUCGUUCGGCGUGUUUCUGACUGUUGUUGCCGCGAUCCCGUUUUGCCACAAGCUACAAGAGAAAAUUGAGACUUCCCCUGCGGUCGAGUAGGAAGACGUCCGCAAAAGUGCUUUCGUCAGAUUAUGCGAUUGGCUGAAAGGAGUCCAGCAAAUCGUACGAAGGUCCCGCGGCCCUCUGCCGCCCCGAACUAAUGACUAUGGCCGAAGCUGCUGUCGAGUCCUCCACCGUCGUCUCCACACAUGACAAGGCCAACAACAACCACCCUCUGGUCGUCAAUCACAACCACAGACCGAUCGGGAAGCAAAGGAAACGCAAGAGGCUCAGCCAAGUGUUGGACAAACUGACCAGCGGUGCGCCACCCCCGGAAGACAAUGUCGACUUGCACGCACCUCCCAUCAACAACAACGUGCAGCACGUCUACAACAACAACAACAACAACAACAACAAAGGGGAUGGUCUCGGCGAGGAAGGUCUCGCCCUAAAGAACCCCAAAAAAUACGUAUCCGACGUGUUCAAGUUCGACGCCGCCCACGAAAGAGACCGAAUCCGCAUGCUGACCAACCCCACGCCCGGCGCCAGCGAAGACGAAGACGUGUUCAGCCCCGCCAGCUCGAGCAACAAAUCCCCACACAGCUCAACCGAAUCGCCCCGAAUUAGUUUUAGUCCGUUAAGACUCAAGGAAGAGGACGCCAGUUCUAGUCCACCUCUGACCCUGCAACGGCCCCUGUGCACUUGUUAUCAGUGCUUGACGGGCGUCAGCAUGGGCCACAAUCCGCCGCUGCACCCCUACGACCGAUACUUUCCGGCACCUCCAAUUUCGCCAUUGACGCCAGCAUCACCCGCCUCUUCGUACAACUUCGAACGUUAUUUCCAAACCAAGUACCUGCCGGACAUUUUCAAGAAACGGAGUCACUCCGAUUCGGACUUGCCCUUGUGGUACGAGCCUGCCAACGCGGAGAGGGCCAGGAACCCCCCGGGCUGGCCGCAUCCUCUGUCCUCACUGUCGACGGGGGGCUCCGGCAAAGGAUCCGUAGAAUCGGAAACGUCGUCGCCCCAAGAAUCUCCGUUGGACUUGUCCAUGAAGAGCUCAAAGACCCUCGUGCCCCCACCUCUGCAGUUGCUGCCCCCAGGGUUCCUGCCUCCCCGUGGUUCCGUGUCGGUACCCGUAGUGAAGGGCGACGUCGCAUCCCCCACGACGAAGGAGUCGGUGGCGUCCAGGUACAACCUGGAAGUGUCCCCGGUGGUGGAGGAGAUGCCCCCCGGCUCAGACGUGGCGUACGUCUGUCCAGUUUGCGGUCAGAUGUUCAGCCUCCACGACCGCCUCGCCAAGCACAUGGCCUCGCGGCACAAAAGCCGCCAAAACGCGGGCGAGAGCACCGCCAAAGCGUACCUCUGCGAAGUGUGUAAGCGGUCGUUCGCGCGAAGUGACAUGCUCACGAGACACAUGCGUCUGCAUACAGGUGUCAAACCGUAUACGUGUCGCGUGUGCGGCCAAGUAUUUUCACGAUCGGACCACUUAUCGACCCAUCAGCGGACGCACACGGGAGAGAAGCCGUACAAAUGCCCGCAGUGUCCUUACGCAGCUUGCAGGAGGGACAUGAUCACCAGACACAUGAGGACGCACACCAGAUACGAACCCGAGACUAUCAUCCAACCCGUCAAGACUGAACAUCACUAACUACAUACAUAUAUAUAUACAUUUAGGGUGAAUAUGAUGAACAUACUUGUUAUUUAUUUUCUUUCCCUUUCGUCCGUUUAUCAUUUGGUCUCGCUACCGAAAAGUAAUUAGCAGGUAUCUUCCGUCUGUGACCCUAUAAUUUUACUAUGUACAGUGUUAUUUAUUACUGUUUUUGUGUGUUAAACUUUCGAAUAUAACUAACUUGGUUAUUAUAGACAAUCAAAUCAGUGCGUACCAAAAAUAUCACUUAAUAAGACUAUAAUUAUGUAAAAUUUAUUUAACGUUCAUGUAAAUUUUCGACAAUCUGUUUUGUUUUUUUUUCUUCUAGUCUUCCCAUACUCUGUCUUAUGGGUAUUCUUGGUACCGGUGAUGCCAUUAAGUUUUGCCUAUUGGAUCUCAAGCCAUUCCAUUCUCUCUUGCCAGGCCAGUUUAUAAACGUUUGAAAAACUAACAUCUAUUAUUACUAGAAAACUUUUUCCUUGUGCCAAAUAUUAUGGCCAGUGGCAAUAAUUUCAUGCCAGAUCACUCGUUUUUUAUACACUUUUUCGUUAAUAUUUGUAUAACUGUUGUACAUUUUUUCAAACAUAACAUUUCACCGGAAAAUGUGGAGUAAAAAAUUGUAAUUGGAGACGAAAAACCUGUCAGUGACUUUCUCUUCUGCAUUUUCAUCUCCACAUUUCGGUAGUCUUGUAAACAGCUUGGAGCGGAUUUUUUAUUAUAUCAUUAUUAUUAUUAUUAUUAUUAUUAUUACUAUUAUUAUGUGUAAGACCUUUCUCAAAAUUUGUCUAAAACCACAUGAAGUCUGCCAAUAAAUUGUGUAAUUAUGUAACAUUGAUGAUCGUACGUACCAUUUAUUAUA